CCACGUUGUGUUUUACCGGCUGCCGAGCCGAGCGAUGUGCUUCCUGUGAUGCUGACUUCCUGGGCGCUAGUCUGACAUGCCGGGCGCGGCGUGUUAAAUGUGAUGAGACGCGCCCAGUUUGCGGCAAUUGCCAAAAAUCCGACCGGGACUGCCAACAGGACGACCGCCGAGAGGCACGGAUCCGCCUGUACAAUGAAAAGCGCCGCGCGGCCCCCAGGUCGGGGCGACCGGAAGACAUGAACACGAACCUCGGCGGCAGCAGCAGCAGUAGCAGCAGAAGAAGAAGCCCGUCGACCUCGUCACACGGCGCCGGCGCUUCGCCCCUACCCCUGGCCGGCGCUGCUCCGAUCUCCAUUGCACAUCUGCUCCAGUCGGCCUCCGCUUCUGCUUCGCCAGAGGGUUUGCAUGCCUCGACCCCGUGGCCGCCUGCAGCAGCGGGCCUGACUCGCCACGAGGCGUCCCUGGUGCAGUACUACACCGCGCACCUGGGCCGGUGGCUCGACUGCACCGACGCAUCUCGGCAGUUCACGCUGAGGAUCCCCGCCCUCUGCACCGGCUCCCCGGUCCUGCUUGAGGCCAUCGUGUCCCUCGCGGCCCGCCACCGGGGGGACACGGAGGCGGCCAGCCUCGCGCACGAGCGCUGCAUCGCCUUGCUCAUCGUCCUCCUCGACUCGGAGCAGGUGGCCGACGACGAUGUGCUUCUCAGCGCCAUUGUCAUCCUCCGCGUCUUCGAGCAGCUGACGGCCCUCGGCAACGGAAGCGACCAGGAGCGCCACCUGGCCGGGUGCAGCGCCCUCCUCCGCACCUCCCAAGGCCCCUGUGUCGACCCGGCCGCUCCGGGGCUGCGCGAUGCCGCCUUCUGGGUCUACCUGCGCCAGUGCCUGUACAACGCGUGCAUCAACCAGCAGGCGCCCAACGUGGACUUCUCGCUGACCUUGAUGCUGAUCCCCAGCCCUGGCACCGCUGGUGUGGACAUGCUCCGGUCCGAGACGGCGUGGGCCAACACCAUGACGUGGAUCUGCGCCACCAUCGUGCAGUUCUGCUUCGGGCCGCACGCCCUGGAGGCCAGAAGCCGCAUGGACAAGUGGCAGGAGCUGAACAACACUGUCGCCGACUGGGCCCGGUCCCGGCCGCGCAGCUUCGACCCCAUCUGGCAGGGCGGGCCCUGCGACGGCGCGCCCUUCCCCGAGUACUACUUCGCCGCCGACUGGCACAUCGUCGCCUUUGGCUUCUACCAGCUCGCCUGCAUCCUGCUGACCAUAUACAAACCGACCCCCCGUUUUGCGAUACGAAGUGCCCACGCUGUGGGGUUGCGGAAAGAAGACGCCCAAAUAUUAGAGCACGCUCGUGCCCUGUGCGGUUCCUGCAGGAGCCAUCCCGAGACUGUGCCGGCGCGGAUCACCUUGUGCCACAGUGUUUUCCUCUGGGGCGGUCUCAUGGACGACCCGUGUGAACAGAGCUGCCUCGUGCAGCUGCUCGAAGAGCUGGAGCACAAUCACGCCUGGCCCACGGCGUGGAUCAUAUCGUCGCUGAAGGAGGAAUGGGGCAUCUCUUCGAUGUAAAUCUCAACCACUGUCUGUAAUUACCGAGUCCAUGAUUGAUAACCCUGUAACGCCUACA